AUGAGAUCGUUAUUACACGGAUUGCUAUUUCUGUGUGGUGUGGCACUCGCCUCACUUGUAGAGGUGGAUGACUCGAAUUUUGAAAACCUAGUUUUCGGUCAGCCGGGCAAAUACUCGUUUGUUUACUUCUACGCUCCCGGAUGUAAACAUUGUCAGGAACUGGAACCCCAUUUCGAACCGCUAGUGGACUUAUAUGAGGGCACUAGUCUGCAAAUAUUUAAGAUUAAUGGCCGUACGAACAAGAGAAUCCGUGACAAGUACAAACUUUUCGGGUAUCCCACACUCAAACUCUUUUCUGCCCAAGGAGAUGAUAUCGGAGCGUACACAGGUAUUCGGACUACCUCAAAGAUGAUCGAAUAUCUCGAAGAUGCGACGGGUAUUCAUCCCAUAUACCCACCAAGAACCGUUGUCGACGUAUCACCGGAGAAUAUCGACCAAGAAGUGUUUGAGAAAUUACAAAACGACGUUAUGCUCGUUUUUUACGCUCCGUGGGUCGAGCGUUGGGAGAAUGCUCACAACUCUUUUUACGAAAGGUUAGCUCAGUAUUACAAAAAUGAGGUGAAAGAUGGAACACUAUUCAGAGCGGUAGAUGUUUCCAAGGCCGAAAACAACGCUUUGCUGGCACAAUUCAAGGUUGCAAAGUAUCCUACUCUUUUCUAUUUCCCUAAAAAUCGUCAAGACAAUGAUAAACCGUUCAGAUUGGAUCACGACGUGGGUCCAGAGGAAAUUGUUGAGAUGCUAAUGGGAUCGGAUGCGGGGCAAAGAGAAUUUUCAUUGGUAAGCAGCUUGGACUUUACUGAGGUUGAGGAAGAGACCAAGGACGCCGAUGUGGACGUACAAUAUCGCGAUCUUUGA